AUGCCUCGAGGAUCCUCUCAGUCCCAGGCCUCAUCCGGUCCCACGUCCCGCCCGAGCACCAUGGGCAUGCCCCCGCGUGGAUCGGCUGCCGGCAUGCGCCGCCGCAGGCUGGGAGGCGGCUCAUCCAAUUCAACCUCCUCUGGCGUGGGCGGAGGAGCAUCGGGCAGCAACAUGCUGAGGUUUUACACGGACGAUGCUCCGGGACUGAAGAUCAGCCCCACUGUCGUCCUUGUCAUGAGCCUCUGCUUCAUCGGCUUUGUUACUGCGCUCCACGUCUUCGGCAAGUUCUAUCGCUACAAAUCUGGACCUGGUGCUUGA